GCGGUUCUCUCACCUGACGCGGAUCGUCUUCUUCUGGCAUGAACCGGCGCCCCUGCAGCUGCCCUCCACGGCCCGUCCCCAGCUCCUGCCGCUGCAGCGCCCUGACAGCCGCCGGGCGCCCUCGCCCCUCGGACAGUUAUAAAGAAGAAAGUUCCAGUCUUUCUGUCAAAAUGAAGUGUGAUUUUAACUACAACCAUAUUCAUUCUGUAUUUAAACUGGUAAAACCUGAUGAUAGUAGAAAACUGGAUUCCUCCACUCCUGUCUAUUUGGAAAGUUCUUAUAAAGACUGCAUUAAAGACUUUGAAAGGUUAUCAGAUACUGGGUCACCAGUUGUGAGCCCCAGGAUUGUAGAACCUGAAACUGAAAGCAAGCCCUUGAAUAACAAGGAAAAUCAGCAUGUGCAACAAACACUUAAUAAUUCAAGCCAAGUAGGAGAACUGGAGGCCAAUGAACCUUAUGAAGACAGUGGAUAUUCUUCAUUUUCCCAACAAAGUGGCCUCAAUGAACAUGAGUGUAGCCUUCCCCUGGAGGAAAAUUUCAGUGACAGUCCACAAUCCUGCCUGCUACAGACACAAAGCCCAGACCAAUAUCCCAACAAAAAUUUGCUGCCAGCUCUUCAUUUUGAAAAAAUGGUUUGUUCAACAUUAAAAAAGAAUGCCAAACGCAAUCCUAAAAUAGACUGGGAAAAGCUGAAGGAAUUUAUGUCCAGUGGAAAUUUUAGACUACAGAAUAUAAUUGGCAGGAAAAUGGGCCUAGAAUGUGUAGAUAUUCUCAGUGAACUCUUUCGGAGGGGACUCCGGCAUCUCUUAGCAAAUAUUUUAACACAGCUCAGUGAUAUGGACUUGAUCAAUGUGUCUAAAGUAAGCACAACUUGGAAGAAGAUUCUAGAAGAUGAUAAGGGAGCAUUGCAGUUGUAUCAUAAAGCAAUACAAAGAGUUACUGAAAAGAACAUUAAGUUUUCACCAAAUGCUUCAACCAGAGAAUGUAUUACGUUCAGACCUGCAUUAGCUUCUGUUCAAAGAUCAGCAACACAAACUGCCCCCAAGAAAGGUGCUCGAACCAAGUCAUCAGACCGGGGUGAUGAGAAAGGUUCUACUUGUAGUCGGUACAGUGAAUUCUGCGAGAUUGCCAAGACUUUGAAAAAGAAUGAAAGCCUCAAAGCAUGUAUUCGCUGUAAUUCACCUGCAAAAUAUGAUUGCUAUUUACAACGGGCAACCUGCAAACGAGAAGGCUGUGGAUUUGAUUAUUGUACAAGGUGUCUGUGUAAUUAUCAUACCACCAAAGACUGUUCAAAUGCCAAGCCCCUAAAAGCCAGUUAUAAAAUGAGUCCUCUGCCUGGUACUAAAAAAAGCAAGAAGAAUUUACGACGAUUGUGAUCUGUUAUUAAAUCAACUGUAAUCAUGAAGGUUAAAAAAUGUUAAGUUUUAAUUAAAAAAAAAAAUGAAUGUAUUGUGAUUUCUAAUUUUAUGUUGAAAUCAAUGUAGUGCAUGGGAUUUUUUUCCCCAGUUAGUAAAGAGGAUACAUAACCUAUUUUACAAUUUAAUGUGAAAAAGUUUAAGAUUCUUAGUAUGAAUCAAAACAUUUAAGUGUUUUAAGAAAAAAGGAAAACUACCUGAUAUUUGUGAUUCAGAGGUAAAAUAAAACUGACUCAAUUUUAUGGUAAAGGCCAUAACAUUUUACCUAGACAAUCUUAAAUAUAAAUUUUAUUUACCUUCUAUUAGCAUUUGAGACAUUUUAUCUGCCUUAGCCAAAUUAAUACCUAUUGAAAUAUCAAAUUCUAGAGUCUUAAUUUGUUUUACCUCCUUUGACUUUUUUCAGUGUGUGUGUAUUUCCCUCACAAAAGCAUCCUAUGUGAAAUCUUGUGUGUUUUCCUUGUUUGCAGUCUGUUUUAAUAUUUUUGUACAUAUGUAAAUAUUCUGUACUUUUUUAUGUAUCAAAUGUUUCUUUUGUAUAUAUAUAUAAGUAAUUCUUGUUCCUGUUAUGAAUAAAAUUGUUACAAACCUAA